AGUGUGAGCUGCAGCUCUGACAGAUGAGGAUACUACACUACAGCACAGCCCAGCAGCACUUGUUGCUCUGAAGAACUGUUAUAAAUAUAACCGUGUUUCUUUCUUGGCCGGCUGCAUUUCUUUUUUAUUUAUUAGACUGGAAACUUAUUUUCUUCACCGGAGGGGAGUUCUAGCAACACAAAAGACAUGUUUUAAAAGCUUUGUGGGAGCUGUUCGUGAAAGGAAAUCUAGCUGCUGUUCAACUGAAACCUUCUUUUGCCUUUUAAUAUAAGGAGAACAGCUCCUGGCUUUGGAGGGGUGGGGGCUGAAAAAUGACAGACUCUGGUGCUGCAGAUGGGGAAGGAAAGGACCCUGAAAUUGAGCUCUUUGUGAAGCUCUCUCUGCACCUGAAAAACUUACAGGAGCUGACUCCAAGUGUCUCUACUCGGCAAUGGGGCUCGAUGCCCACCCUGAGGGGUGGUCAGAAACAACCCGCUGGUAUGGAUGGAGAAAGUAUUGGGAACUGUCCUUUCUCACAACGUCUCUUCAUGAUCCUGUGGCUCAAAGGCGUUGUGUUCAAUGUCACUACAGUUGAUUUGAAAAGAAAACCAGCUGAUCUGCACAACUUGGCACCUGGGACUCAUCCCCCAUUCUUGACUUUUAAUGGGGAAGUCAAGACGGACAUCAACAAAAUUGAGGAGUUCCUGGAAGAGACUCUUGCACCUCCAAAGUAUCCCAAGCUUGCUGCUAAGCACCGUGAAUCAAACACUGCAGGAAUAGACAUCUUCUCCAAGUUCUCAGCAUACAUCAAAAAUACUAAGCAGCAGGAUAAUGCAGCCCUCGAGAGGGGUUUGACAAAGGCUUUAAAGAAGCUGGAUGACUAUCUGAGCAACCCUCUGCCUGAAGAGAUUGAUGCAAACAAACCCCAAGAGGAGAAGGUAUCUAAGCGCAAGUUUCUGGAUGGGGAUGAGCUGACACUUGCUGACUGCAACCUUCUGCCCAAGCUCCACGUUGUUAAGAUUGUCACAAAGAAAUAUCGCAACUAUGAAUUCCCAACAGAGAUGAUGGGACUGUGGCGGUACCUGAAGAAUGCCUAUGCCAGGGAUGAAUUCACCAACACCUGUGCUGCGGACAAAGAAGUCGAACAAGCCUAUGCAGAUGUGGCCAAGCGGCUCAGCAAAUCCUAACUGACACCUGCACACACCAGCACAGGCUCAGUGUCCCUGCGGAUCUCCAUUUCACAGACUCCUUUCCUUGUUGCCUUAGGAUAUAUUUGUCAUUACAUUAUGUGGUUGGCAUCCCCAUGAUUUCAGCUGUUAAAGUGAAUUGGUCAGGGAUAAAUCUGCCUCUCCCUUGAGAAAACAUAAGGCAACCACAGUGCAAGGCUAGGGGGGACCCUCUGAAAUCUGAACCUAAGAUCUGGAGCGAGUAUUAUCAUUUGCAAUCAGUAUUUGAAAAUAGUCCUUUUAGUUUUUUGGCGGUGGUGGGGAGGGGAAUAUCAGCCACCUAACUUGUCUGACUAGGGCCUUUAAAACUAGCGUUUUUAGCUGAAAUUUCAAAUAGCUGGAUUUGGAAUGUGCAGUACUGGUCCUUCCCUGGCUUGUGCCAAGGGCACCUUUUUCUGUUGUGAUCUAUUAAAAAAAUCACUGCUGGUGGGACCUUGAGGUAAGAGAAACGUGUGUGUGAGAGCAUGAAGGGAAAAACCCUCUGAGAAGUUAUAUUUAAAAACCUCCUUCAAUACAGCUUCUUAUUUAACAGUGCUAGGGGGUCUAUAAGAUAUUUAUUGAUAACUUGACAGUAGUGGAGGAAGGAUCAGUGAAUAUGUCCAACUUGCUACUUUGCAUCUGACUUGCAUGCUUCAAUUUGAAAUCUUAAAGGAAAAUAGAAUGAGACAUUGAGUGGACAGUCCUUGGAAGAACAGCACUGAUGCCAAAAAAGCCCACUCAAUGUGCAAGUCAGUGGAGGGACUCAGGCACUACACUGAUAGGGGCCAUAAGAUUACUCAGUUGUAUCCUCACAGAAAUCCUCACAGUUGACUGAAUUCUUUGGGGCAGUUGCAUCUUCGCUGUAUAUUUGCCAGCUUUGUUGUUAUGGAGACAUGGCUGCAGAGUAGAAACUGGUUGCCUUAAGUAGAGAGAAAUACCUUCUUUCUUUUUAAGCUCCAGCUAGGUCACUCUCCAGCCUUCCUCUCCCAUUAUAGAGAGCAGAGUGGCCUGAAACUAUUCAGUAGGAUGAGUUGGGAAGGAGUCCAUAAAAAAAAGACCUGAGGAAGAAUGUCUUGCAUUUGAAAGCUUGUCUGACUAUCCCAACUACAUCGUUAGUCUUAUAAAAGAUACUGCUGUAAGAAACUUUUGCCUCUCAUAUAAAAAGGAAGACUCCCAUUCCUAACUGGAAAGUUGGCAAGUAUACUAGCUCACAUAAAAGCAUGGUGGCUUGGUUUUAUUCAUUCCCAUGUUUCAUAUAGCUACCAUUUAAUGACCCUCCUGAUUGCUCACUUGGACUGCUUUUGGCAACUGGCUAUUUUGUGCUGUGGGCAGCUGCUGCAUGCCACAAUUUGCUUUGAGCUGAACUUUACUGGUGUAUCUCUUUAAGAAAUUAAGGGUACCUAUUCUUUUGUUCAGGACAGAAAAGGCUAAGUGUGUGCACAUAUUGAAGACAAGACUUUCAAUCCAGAUCUAUCGAUUUGGAAGGAGUUGCAGUUUUUUAAAGAUAAAAUAAGUUGACCUCAAGUACUCAUUGGCUCCAGCCCUGGUCAGACCCCUACUCCUGCGUGGGACUGGCAAACCUUUACAUGAAGGAAAGGCUUACAGUAAGAAACCCUAGCCCUGGUUUACAGUUAGAAAGAACUGGAUUGGAGAUUACUAACAAGGUCAGAUUCUACUCUAGUACACUGCUGUAGAUCUGGAGCAAUUCCAUGGACGUUGGUGGAGUUAUUCUGCUUUCACUCCAGCCCAACGGGGAGCAGAAUAUUGGCCACUGAUUGCAAGGACAUUUUGUAGUUGACUAUCAUUUUGCCCAUGGCAACCGUUUUUUUCUGAACUUUCCAAAAGCUUAGUUGAAAGUCCAUGAACUCCCUGGUCUUCCCUCGAUAUGGGCUUUUUAAACAAAGGCGAGACUGGAGGGCAGAGACUCACACACUUCAAAAUAUUGCUGAGAAAUCAACUGGCUCAGAGAGCACGAGUAACAGCCAGGAAAAUCCAAUGAGAUUAGAAGAGACUGAACAAGCACAUAUGGCUUGUUAAACCCUUUUCUUCAUCAGAUUGGAAUUAUUUGUAUUUUAAAUAGAUAUUUAAUUGUUUGUUUAUUUUGUUUGAUUUGGGCUUUUCUUUCUGUCUCUUUUUUCAUUCAGCUUAUGGGCUGGGCUGAUUCUUACUGUAAGAAUGUGUUAUAACCAGGGCUUGCAAAUUAUUUUGUAAUGAUCAGUGCUUUCCUGAUGUCUGACUAAUGGCCGGUUAGGAUUUUUUUCCAGCAUGCCUUGGCAGGCAGAGCUCUGAUCAACUGAGACUGUGCUUUUCUCCAUCAUUUCCCAGGUUUAUAUUUCAAUUAGAAGCUUUGUCUAAUCAGAACUGUGUGAACUGUGAAUAAAAAAAAGUAGGAGGCAGAUGCAGCCUGCUGCUCUGGGCAUAUUUCACUUGGCUCCUUUAUGAAAUGUGUAGAGACAGUGGGUCUCAGGGAAGGUAGAUGAAGCAGUUCAGGACUGAUGCUAAUAUCUGCUGUCCUCAGUUUCUUGAACCAAACUUGAAUACGACCUUGAAAGGUUCUGUGAUAUUAUAAUACAGAUUCUUUACAUGUUCCCUACAACGCAGUCUAAAGGAAACUACACAUUUUUAGUGCUGAACAAAAUUCUCUUGUCAGAACUGUAGAAAUCCUAAAUCCUUUUGCCAGAAUUAUUUUACUCCCAACAAAAUGUGGAUUUUCAUUGCAAUGGACAGUUUGAUUAAAUAAUCUGCAUUUUCAUUGAAAAUGUGGGGGAUUUCAGUAUAAAACCUGAAAAUCCCCAAACCUAUUUUUUUAGUAAGUGAAACACUGAGUAUUUUUGAGAUUUUUUUUUUCAACAGCACCCUGAAAAAUUAAAAAAGUUGAUGAAAAUGAAAUAAAAAAUUGCUUUUAGCAAAAGUUUCACAACUCUACCUCAAAUUUAGUAUAGAAUCCAAGUCUGGAUCUUGAAUUUUGUACCUUCUCCCUUACUAUCCUAGACUGACCUAAGUUUCUGGAUGGAUUCAGAAACUUCUUGAAAUUUGUAUGGGUUUCAAAUCCAAAGUCAGAUUUGCAGAUGUCACAUUUGCUCGCCUUUGUAAUUCUUGCCUUUAGCCAUGGCCAAAAGUAGGCAGUGCUUGGUAUCUUGCACAGAAAAUUAUUUUUCUGUAAUUUCCAGUCCAGCUCUCUGGACCCAAGAUAUUUAGAUAAGCUUCUUUUUCCCAUCACCAGUGAGAUUUCAAAGAGCUCCAGGACUCUUCUAUGCUGGGUAUUUUUGUGCCCUUCCAUUGUAUUUAGAAUUGCAAGUAGUAAAUGUUAAUCAUGCAGAAGGUUGUUUAUCUACAUUGGCAAAGCAGCAUUUCUGAAAAGAAUCUAAGUGACAAGACAGACAGUACAGAUUUACAAUAACUUUGUUCAUAAAUUUCUUUCAAGAUGUAAAGAAAGACAUAGUGCAGAAGGGGAAGACGCCAACAAUAUGGAUUUAAUCAUCUACAUUUCAGAAAUGCAGACCAAAUGUCUGUAAAGAUGUCCAUUUCUUCCAAACAUUUCUUAGAUAUUUUUUUCAAAGAUACCGGUUCACUCAGUCCAACACUCCAUUCAUAUUGGAACCAAUAUUGAAUCCUCUUUCAUUAAUAUUAAUGUUGGCCUUUUGGGCAAACUCAUACAUUAGUAACGAUCUUUCUUUCUGUUAGGAUAUGUGAGUUGCCAAAAAGUCGCCUUAGCUGAAAAGGUGAGAAAACUAGAGAGUAUGUGAUUCUAGGAUGCUUAUACUUGGAAUCAUGACAAACACUUGUCCUUUCCAAGAAAAGGGAAUUUUCAGAGGUUAUUGUUUUCUCUGAGAAUGCCAAUCUCAUGGUAUGUAUUGCUAUCUAUGCACUUAUGGGAUGUCAGUGUUGUUCUGUGUUUCAGUCAGUUUAAAGGUAACUGGCAGGGAAAAAUAUCAGGUACAUAUUACAAGGGAGUCGGGUAAAGGGACUAAGCAGAGGAAAGCGGCACAAUGUGUUCCUAAAAGUGAAGCAGACCAUGAUUUUUGCAUGGUAUCUGUUUCAGUAAGACAUGUAUUAAUCCCUUAUGCUUUUCUCUCUCUCUUUCUCUUCCUAUUCCACUCCAAUUCCUGUUUUUUUUUCUUCUCCUUCUUUAGUCUCUAUACCUACAACAAAACCCAACAGAAACAGGUACAUAAGCAUUAGAGAUACAAAAGACCAGGGCUUUUAUCUACAGGUGGUGGUCAGGGCCAUCCUGCCUUUCCAUGUUGUUAGAUAGGAGAGAGAGAUCAUGGCUAGACCCCAGACAGAAGUUGCAGGGGAGCCAUAAUAUUGGAAAGAUGAGGAACCACACUUUAGAGCACCACCUCCUGAUGCCAGAUAUUAAUCUAAUACUAUGCAUUUGUUCAAAGACCAGAGAUCUCAACAACUCUUUUCUAAACAGUGCAGUGAAAGUGAGAAGGAAAAUGGAUGUCUAUGUUACCACUUUCCUGCUAAGGUAGAUAUUUUGGUGCAUAGCAAUGAAAUGGUUGAAAAACUAGCCAAAGAGAAAUUCACAGUCAUAUAAACUCCAGCAGUUGAUGGAAAAUUUCACAUUUUAGUAUAUACUUAACUUUUAAAGCAACAUAAAAAAAAUCCUCCCCUCCAUUUAAUAUAUCUAUAUUUUAGGCACGGGUAAAUUUGAAUGUAUUUAUUAUUCCACUCAGCAUAAUAAUUGUUCCUUUUGGUUUUGAUUUAAGAAAUAUUUUUCCAAGAUUUUUGUCUUUUGCUGUGUCUUUCAUCUCUUCAUUAAUACUAACAUCUUACAAUGCCAGAGGACGCAGGGAAGAACUGAAGCUUAGACUUAUUGAGUAAUUGGAGAAGCUAGUAAUUUGGGGGAAAUUUUAGUAUUAAAGCCUCUUUAUGAAAUCCAUGUAAGGAUAUAUAACACUUAACUUGGGAUCCUAGAAGCAUUUUAACCAAGGAUACUAUAUUAUAUGGUCUAGAUUAGAACUGUCAGCACAGAACUGAGCCACUUGCUGGCUGGUCUUUCCUGAAGUAGUCCCAGAUGACAAAUGGCACAGACUCUUCUGAGAGUCACAGUGGUUUCCUUGCCUCCGUGCUAUUUCCAGGUUGCAGCUGACUGUUGGCCACUGUCAGUAAGAAAUUAUGACACUCCACUUGUGUUGCAUCUGCUGGUAUAUAAGGGGAGAAAGAGGCGCAGUCAUAAAAUUUGAGAAUCACUGGCCUACAGGUGUCUUCCUCCCCAUGUUCCUUGGUGGUGUCCCAUAGCAUAACUAUGCCUUCAUUGUGUCAGCUUCACUCUUACCCUGAAAUGGCUGGAAACCACCCCCCCCCAGGUGAUUAUAUUUUAAAUGAAUUCAACUCCAAAUGUGCUUUAAUGGUUCUCAACCUAACACUGUCAGUUCUCACCUCACCACAGGAUUGAAUUUGUUGGCAGAAAUUAAAUUAAAUUAAAAUAGUAAAAUUUGGGUAUUGCUAAUGGGUACUACAGGGAGCCCUAAAAGGAGUUCAUGUUGUAGACCCAUAGCCCCAGUGAACAUCCUUUAUUUCCCAAAGAAUCAUUUGAGUUGGAAGUGGGUCAAAGCCAUCUAUCCACUGCACUGCGCCAGGAUUGUGUCAGUUGUUCCUAAAUCCUCCCUCUAGAUCUAUAAACAUUUUGUGGGAUGACUGCUGGCACCAAAUUAAUCUCUUUUUAUUGCACUAAAUUAACUACUGUUGUUUGGAAAUAAGGAAUAAAUAAAUAACACUUAAAGAGAGUACAUUUCUCUAUCUUCUUUAUUAACAGAGCUUGUUAAAAUAUACUCCCAGGCUUUUAGAAAAUACGAGUUUACCCACAAAUUUUGGAGACUUUUUAUUUAUGUUACCUGUAGUGUAUCAAAAUCAAAAGGAGAGGCCUGUGAUUCUGAAUAGAUCAUUUAGUAGGGUGUUUUUAAUUUGAGCAGGAGAUUGAGGAUGACAUUCACUUAAAUUGCAUCAAGAGAAAUUUAGGUUGGAUUUAGGUUGGAAAAACUUGCUCACUAUGAGGGCAGUUAAGCAUUGGAACAUGUUCCCUAAGGAGGUUGUGGACUCUCCAUUCUUGGAAGUUUUUAACAACAGAUUAGACAUUUGGCUGGAUUAGAUGUUUGCCCAAAGAUGCUCCUGCCUUGAGCACAGGUUGGACUAGAUGACCUCCUUCCAGCCCUAUUUUUCUAUGUUUGUACAAGCAUAUAUUUUGGGAGGGAGUUUAGUCCAGUUAUUGGGACAGGGCCAUUGGGGAUCUCUCCUGAGAUGAGUGCUCUGUGAUCUUGGGCAAGUCACUUCUCCUCCAAAGGCAAUUGGACUCAGGCUGGCAGUAUAUUUGUCCAUGAACCUUUAACCCUUAAUGAGACUAUUCAUGGGAAAAAGUUUUGCUCAGUAAGGGCAUCAGAAUCAAUCGCCUGAGCUUAUUUUACAAAUCUGCAGGCUAGGUAUAAUGUUUACCCAAUUUAAUAGUAAUGGUUGGAAGUUUAAGUGCCUUGAGACCUUUGGAUAGAAGGUAAUGUAAUUAUACAGUUCUUCUCCUAUGUCAUUUCUAAAUCCAUAAAUGACAGUGAACAAUCAACUGAGAUAACCCACAGCCUAUGGGCUGAUAAUCACACCAGGUCUUAGUUGUAGUCCUGAUCUUUUUCCCAUGGAUAUAAAUGGGAGCUUUAGUAACCAAGAUACUUUUCAGCAAUUUGAGUUGGGCCUAUUACAGAUGCAAGCAGCUGCAUCAUGGCUUCUUGAAGGUAGGCUACCUUGCUCUUGGAUGAGUUUACAGAACUCAGUAGUGUAAGAAUGAUGUUGUAGCCAUGAUAGUCCAGAAAUGAUGUGAGAGGCAAUCAUUUCUUAGAGUGUUAUCUUUUAUUGGAACAGCUAUGUUUUUGCAUGCAAGACAUUCUUGGUCAGGUAACCAGGUAAUGUCUUGCAUUCAAAAGCUCAUCUACCUUUAUCCCAACUACAUAGCUGGUCUAAUGAAAGAUAUCAUCCUAAGAAAUUCUUGCCUCUUUACAGUACUUCUCAUUGGAGGCUAGAGUAAGCCGCUGCCCCUGCAGCACAUUAUAAAAUGGGAUUAAGAAAUCAUGCAAUGUGGACUGGCUAGUAGUGAGUCAGACUCAUUUGCGGGCUGUACAGCCACUAAAUUGGUCUGACAUCAGUAACCGCAGCAUAAGAGCACGGACGCUGAAGUGAUUCAAACCAGCGCCUUUGUCACCAGUCAUUUUCUAUUUAUAACAACAGCACAGAUCCAUUUUAUAAUCACAAUGAGGCACAACAGGAGCAGGCUUUGUUCUGCCUAAAUCACAUUUCUCAUGCGGGUAGAUUUAAGCACUCAGCCUUUGGCCCCUUGCCUCACACCACACACACCCAAGGCUGGUGUUUCUGACACAACAAUGCACACCCUGUCGUGCCUGAAUGCACAAAGCCCACUUAAUCCCCUGCUCAACAGCUCUCAAAUGUUCCCCAAAGUGUGCUGAGUUGCUACCCUCCCAAGCUUGUUAUUUCCAAUGGCAUUUGGAGACUCAGUCUUUGGUUUCAAAGGACAUGAGAGCCCAUUGCAUUGUUUAGUGGUGGUAAUGACUGGGCAUUGUUGGCAAGAAGAAGUGGGGAAAAAAUCCUUCUUUCAUAGUGGCAAAUCCACUGCUGUAAUUUGCUUGGUUUUUCAGAGACCCUGAAUCCCUUCCCAAAGACUCCGUUGCUGUUGAAGCAGACCCUCCGUUGGUGCAAAUCUUACAACUCCUCUAACGUCCAUUGGAUUUACCCCAGCUGCAGAUUUGGCUCUAUAUUGUCUAGAGAGCAUUUAGGAUAUGGUAAUCCACAGACUUUUUUUUCUAGCUCAAGUGGUUCAUUUUUGCAGGGGAAUGCUGGAAAGAGGUUUAAGUUCAGGUCUGGGCAGGCUCAUUAAAAGCUUCUAUGUUGCAUUAAAGCGCAGUUACAGCUGGGGACAAUGGCCCUUAUCUAUUUACCUCGAGGGUCUGUGUGGGAUUUCUGGAUAAGGAAGACAGGUUGAGCACCUUGGUGUACUUGUGAUUUUCAGGCAAUGCACAUAAUCUAUGAACACAUGAUAGUUGAUUUGACUGGCAGCUUGUAUGUAUGUGUACAGCUCUUACCAUAAUAGGAUCCUGAUCCGAACCUCGGGGCUCUGUUGUGAUAAACACGAUAAGUAAUACUACUAAUCAUUGUAAGAAAAGUCAUUUCACCUUACCUUUAAUGUUACAAUUGUGUUACUGUACAUUCUAUAUAUUGUGAAUACAAAUUAUGUUCAUUUUGCAUAUCAGGGAUAUUUUAUUGUUGAAGAAACAGUUGAGCUACUUGAACUUCUGAAUUAAAUAUAAAUCUAUUCAUUGUUCCCUUCUAGGCCAAUGGAUAAAAGAGUAGAAAUUUCUGUUGUUUCUUUGACAUGUGUUGAAUGAAGAAAUAUAUCUUGCUAAAGCUGGCCCAUUUAUAAUGCUGUUUUCCAAUCUUGAUUAGGACCCAGUAAUUUGAAUAAAAUUGCUUUAUUUUCUCAU